AUGGAAGGAAAGAAAACUCGAAAUUAUGUUCUCGUUAAAUUCAUAGAAGAUUUGAAGGAGGCAGGCGAAUCAGAAGCCAUAGAUAUAGUUCCCAAAGCUUGGCUACGUUACAAUAAAGAAACAAAAAAAUUAGUUACUCCUUUCCCCCCUCCUCCGUAUACCUUUCAAAAAAUAAAGGAUUUACAGAACAAGGUGACAAGUCUUCAAGAAGCUGACAAAAAAUGGUCAAUGUAUCCGAUAAAUGUUGUUGGCCAUGCAAGUUCAUAUGAAGAGGCUUCAUGCAGGCUAAACAAGUUUCAAGAAGAACCCUAUACAUUUACUGAUGCAGAAAACCCAGAGCAAGUCUCAAAUAUGAUAAUGCAAGAAAUUAAAGAUCUAUAUAACUCAAGCGGUUCUGAAGUAUUAUCAUUGAGUGAAGAUGACAGUGAGACAGGUAUCAUAGUAAUAUAA